AUGGACAAAAUCAAUGGAUUGCCUGAUGACGUGCUGGUGAAGAUAUUAUCAUUUCUUCCGACAAAAGAAGCUGUAUCCACUUGCGUUUUGUCUAAUCGAUGGGAGUUUCUUUGGAUGUGGUUAACUAAACUAGAGUUCAAUUCUAUGUCGGAUCCAAGGCCUCCUGGACUUGGGGAUUUUAUAGACAAGAAGUUGCCAUUACAUAGAGCUCCCGUCAUAGAAAGCAUGCGUCUCCACAUAACUUGUAAUUCACAUAUUAAACCUAAAAAUGUGAAACGGUGGAUUGAAAUCGCAAUUUCUCGCUGUGUACGUGAGCUGCAAAUUGAUUAUUAUCCCUAUGGUGAAAAAUUCUUCAUAUUUCCCAGUAGCUUGUUUACGUGCAAAUCGCUCGUGACCUUGAAACUCCAAAAGAUAACUCACAUGGAUGUUCCCACUAUGGUUUGUCUUCUCUCUCUUAAAACUUUGCAACUUGAGACGACGGCUAGUUAUUUUUUCGUAGAUGGAGAAUCUCUUCAACGGCUUUUAUCUGGUUGUCCUGUUCUUGAAGAUCUAUCGUUGUCUUUCGAAGCAGAUGAAGAACAAAUGAAAGAGUUCACUAUAAUCAUCCCGUCUUUGCAGAGUUUAUCACUCUUUGUACGUACUGAUGGGAAUUUUGAUGGGUAUGAGAUAAAUACUCCUUCUUUAAAGUAUUUGAAACUAGUGGACUGGACUCAUGAGCCACACCACUACUCUUUAAUUAAGAAUAUGCCUAGGCUGAGGGAAGCAUAUGUCGAUAUUCUAUCCUCUUAUCCCAAGAAUCAAAUUCUUGGAUCAAUCACAUCUGUCAAGCGUCUUACAAUAUGUUGUUUAGAGGAUUUGGAUGGUGAUGGUUGUGUUUUUACGGAGCUUGAACAUCUAAGCCUAUGUCUGUGCAAAAAGGAUUCAUGUAACCUCCUUGGCCAGUUUCUCAAUGCUUCUCCUAACUUACGAGUAUUAGACAUCUGUGUUAUGAAAGGUCAUUCGGUUGAUAUGAGUAAUGGUAUGGUUUGCUGGAAUCAACAGACUUCUGUUCCUGAAUGCAUGUUGUCGAGUCUACAGAUUGUCAGCUGGUCACCAUACUUUGCUAGACAGCAAGAUAGAGAUAUUGUGGCUUAUAUCUUGAAAUACGCUUGUCACUUAAAGAAGGCAACAAUAUUGGUUAAUACAUGGAAAUAUUAUGUUCCAGAAGUGAUCAAUGAGUUGAGACUUCUUCCCCGAGCUUCAACCACAUGCCAACUAAGUAUUCGCUGA